AUGUCUGCCUCGCUGGAACAGGCCUCCUCCAUCAUGAGCUCCACCACCCUUCAGGACGUCCGCCAAUCCCUGCAGGGCUCGCUGCAGGGCUCCCUCAACGAUUCGUCCAGCACCGCACAAGCCGUGGCUCAGGAACUCAUUCCCACACCCACGGUCCUCUCCAUUAGCAGCGCCGCCUCGGUCGAGUCCUUCUACCGCUCCUUCAUGAACGCCAAGAUCAACCACGCCCUCACCGGCGUCAAGGGCGCUUACUUCCCGCAAAUGCACGUUCAACUACCCGUCCGCGUCCUCUACAUCAACGGCUUUAAAGGCGUUCGCAAGGCCGUGGAUGAACACUUUCGCCCCGCUGAGUCCACCAGCAACCUGGUCAAACUCGGCUGUGCCAUCACCCCGGGCAUUGUCAUGACCCCCGUCAGCUCAAUCCUUGAAGCUUGCAACGCCAACCUCAAUCCCGAACCCCUCCACGUCCGCUGGACUCGAGGCAUCGCCGCCCGUGGCAUGCGUGAAGUCAUCUUUGGUCUCGGCCUCAACCAGCUCUCUGAGGAAUUUGAAGCCUUUGUACCCCAACACUAUUCAUCGGCCAUCCGCAACGCCCUGGGCAGCAUGAUGGGCGGCGUCUUGGCUGGCUAUCUCUCUCACGUACCCCACAACCUUUCCACCAUGAAGCUCAUGAAUCCUUCCAUGAGCUACGCCCAGCUCUUCCGUCGCUUCUCCGAAGACAAGCUGACCAAGGUGACUUGGAUCCCAGCCUCUUUCCCCGCUGCCCGCCGGGCGAUGGCCAUGACACUGGCUGUUGUUUGGCCCAAGGGACUUCUUGUUCGCACUGGUCAGGUCGUGGGCUCCUUCAUCAUUCUCAAUGGCAUCAUCAAUGUCAUGUCUGGUGCUCAAUGGUCUCGUGCCGCGGCGAACGACGAAGAUGAUCUCUGA